AUGGGUGGUUGUAUGUCUUCGCCCUCCACCGACGAUCCCGCUGCGGAUGCUAGGAGUAGGGAGAUUGAUAAGGCUUUGCGCGAGGAUGAGAAGCGCUUGGCUCGGGAAGUAAAGCUUCUUCUUUUGGGAGCUGGUGCGAGUGGAAAGUCUACCAUUUUGAAGCAGAUGCGAUUGAUCCACGAUCGAUCUUUCGAAACCGACGAGAUCGAAGACUACCGCAAACUGACAUUCUCCAACAUUGUCGGCGGUAUGCGCGCCAUCAUCGACGUCAUGGACGAACUCAACCUCGCCGUCCAACCUUCCAACCGCAAAUACAUCUCCCUCGUCGACGCCGAGCCGCCCAUAAACACCAACGAACCCUUCCCCUCGCGAUACCUCCCAGCGCUGCAGAGUCUGUGGCAAGACCCGGGGGUGCAGGCUUGUUAUAGCCGGGGAAAUGAGUUUGCGUUGGCGGAGAAUAUGCCGUAUUUCUAUCAGAAUCUGGGGAGGUUGUUUGAGCCGGGGUACAAGCCGAGUAAUGAUGAUAUUCUGAGAGUGAGGAGUAAGACUACUGGUAUCACGGAGACGAGGUUCCCGAUCCACGAUGUGGUAUUUAGACUAUUCGACGUUGGUGGACAGAGGUCUGAGAGGCGAAAGUGGGCUUCAUGCUUUGAGAACGUCACUGCCAUCCUGUUCCUGGUAGCUCUGUCAGACUACAACUCUUGUCUGAUAGAAGACCGAGAAUCGAACGGUAUGCAAGAAGCAUUGAUGCUGUUUGACUCUAUCUGCAACUCUCAAUGGUUCAUCAAGUCCUCCAUCAUCCUCUUCCUAAACAAAUCCGACCUCCUUGCCCACAGGAUCCAAGACCCCAACCAACAGCUCCACGAGUAUUUCCCCAAAUUCGAGGGGAAACCAUACUCGUUCCAGGACGCUGUCGACUUUUUCAAGAUGAUGUUCAGGGGCUUGAACAGGAUGGCUUCGAAAGAGAUCUAUUGUCAUGUGACAACAGCGGUGGAUAGGCAGAACGUCAAGGUUGUGAUGACUGCUUGUCAGGACACGAUUCUCAAGAACACGUUGAGGGACAUGGCUAUUCUUUGA